AUGGCUGGGCCGGGCUCCAGGGGCCACCCCGCCGCCCCACUCCUGCUCCCGCUGCUCCUGACCCAGGCCCUGGCCGAAGGACCCCUGGUGUUCGUGGCCCUGGUGUUCCGCCAUGGUGACAGGGCCCCCCUGGUGUCCUACCCCACCGACCCGCACAAGGAAGCGGCCCCCACCCUGUGGCCUCGUGGCCUGGGCCAGCUGACCAAGGAGGGGGUCCGCCAGCAGCUGGAGCUGGGCCGCUUUCUGAGGAAUCGCUACAAGAGCUUUCUGAGCCCUGAGUACAGCAGGGAGGAGGUGUACAUUCGCAGCACUGACUUUGACCGGACGCUGGAAAGUGCUCAGGCCAACCUCGCUGGGCUCUUUCCUGAGGCUGCCCCGGGGACCCCCGAGUCCAGUUGGAUGCCAAUCCCGGUGCACACAGUGCCCUCCGCUGAGGACAAGCUCCUGCGGUUCCCGACGCGCAGCUGUCCCCGCUACCACGAGCUGCUUCGUGAGGCCACGGAGGCCCCUGAGUACCAGGCCGCACUGGAAGGAUGGACGGACUUCCUCACACGUCUGAGCAACUUCACGGGGCUGUCGCUGGUGGGAGAGCCGCUCCGCAGAGCGUGGAAGGUUCUAGACACGCUCAACUGUCAGCAAGCCCACGGUCUCCCCCUCCCCUCCUGGGCCUCCCCGGAUGUCCUGGAAACUCUGGCCCGGAUCUCGGCUUUGGAUAUCGGGGCCCACGUGGGCCCACCUCGGGCAGCAGAGAAGGCUCAGCUGUCAGGGGGAAUCCUGCUGGAUGCGAUCCUAGCCAACUUCUCUCGGGUCCAGCGCCUGGGGCUGCCCCUCAAGAUGGUUAUGUACUCGGCUCACGACAGCACCCUGCUGGCCCUCCAGGGAGCCCUGGGUCUCUACGACGGCCACAUCCCGCCUUACGCUGCCUGCCUGGGCUUCGAAUUCCAGAGUCGCCUUGGGGAUCCGGAUGAAGAUGGAGGGAAUGUCACCAUCUCCCUCUUCUACCGCAAUGAUUCCUCCAGGCUGCCACUGACCCUCAGCCUCCCAGGGUGUCCAGACCCCUGCCCACUAGCCCGUUUCCACCAGCUCACAGCCCUGGCCCGGCCCCCGGCUCCCGGUCCCCCCUGCCACAGCAUCCACGAGCCUGGCUCUUCUGCAGCCCCCGUGGUGCCCCUGCUGGCAGGAGCUGUGGCCGUGCUGACCAUCCUCAGUGUGGGGCUCAGUCUGCGGGUCUGGAAGCCCGGCUGCCUGCGGGCUUGGGGGGGCCUCGUGUGA